ACUGCACUGGCGGCACUAGCGGAAGGAAGACGCGAUUGGGCGUGAUCCGCAACGAGGCAAUGGGAUACUAAAACGAAACUAUAAAGCCGUCAAUUUUGCUAUUUAACGAGCGGUAAGUGCAUGUACGACGCAUUCUCAGUCGCGCACAAGUGCCGCUGUGAUGUGUGGAACGUCCGUAAUGCGUAUGUCUGUAUGUUUUUGGCCGAAUUGGACAAUCAGCAAGUGUUCCAGCAGGCUUCGGUGCGUUCCUGGCACUACUGUUGGUCACCUCGUUGUAUUGUAGGUCGAGUUACGCCUUCAAAAGAUGAUGGUUUUGCUUGAGAGUACACGGAGUUGGCGGAGAUGACCUCCAAGCUCAAGUACAAACCAAGUGAGGUUAUGGUGAAGUUCUUGAAAGAGCGCGUCGAAUCGAACCAAGGUAUCUCCCUUCAGAAGCUAACUGGUCACUUGUCGCAAUUGCCCCCAGACGUGAGAAAUAAAUAUGGCUGCUCAGUGAAAUCCCUCAAGAGUUUCUUGCAGCAGCACCCACAGACAUUUAGAAUUGUGAAUGAUAACAAUGUAUGUGUGACGAAUGGUGAAAAGAGAUCUAGCCUCAAGUCGUCUCUUAACGGAAGUGUGGAAAGUAUUCCAACCUCAACGUCAGACCACGGCGGAGGCAGUAGUGAUGGUCCUGCCGAAUCUGCCGAUGAAGUCACCACCCUAAGCAAUGUAAAAGGCAAAGUAUAUCGCCUCUUCAAUGUGUUUGGCUUCAUUUCGGUGACCUAUCCCAUCAAAACAAGUGUUUACUUUGAUGUUCAGGCAUUUGAAAAUGGGGAAUAUGCAAACUUGAGUGCUUCCGGACUACAGCUUGGAGAAUGUGUGGUGCUCGAUGCCAAAGUUGGUCCUCGUGAUUGUGAGGCCAAGUUUCGUGCUAGCAAAGUAGCAAGACUCGAGAACGCGUCUAAUGAGAGCUCAACACAAUCAAUGCCACAGAACGUAGACACCACAGGGACUGUCCAGAAGGUCCAGGAGAAGUAUGGAUUUAUCAAGUUUGGCCGCAAUAACAGGGAGAGGGCAUUCUUUCACCUGAAUAACAUCCACCGGCCACCUGGUGUGGAGAUUACUGCCCUUCCAGAUAUUCUCACUGUAGAUGACAAGGUUCGCUUUAAGGCUAAACCCAGCAAAAAGUCAACUGAACAGGUGAAGUGGGAGGCGACAGUUGUCUAUGUGCCGCAGUUCUCAAAGAAAGGAGAGAUGACGCCCGGUGAUUCCUACUCUGACGAUGAGAGUGGCAAUGAAGUAUUCAUGUCUGAUGAUGAGUCAGAUAUUGCACAAUUCUUGCAACAGAAAUUGGAAGAUAGUCAUCACGAUGAAAGUAGCCCAGCAGCCACCUAUGACUGGGACAGGGCAUCUGUGGAAGAAGAUCCGCAGGUGGAGUGCAGCAAUAUGUCAUUUGUUGGUGACUCCGAUGAGUGGGAUCAGUUGCCUAAACGUAGUGGGGAAAAAGGUCAAUUUGUUCCCAAGACAGACACUGAGGGUGAGAUCAUAUUUAGAGAGGAAGUAGUAAGGGCAUCAUCUGAUGUGACAUUUUGCAAUGGAGAGCCAGUCGGAAGCCUUCUUUGGGAAAUACGUGACAAAGAAGAAGUAUUGUUUGAUGCUGUUAGAUCCCAAGAUGGUAUUUGGAUUGCUACAUUGGUGUGGACUGGAACAAGGCCUACGGUGCCCCCCGUGAGCAAAGACACUUUCUACAAGAGGCUUCGUGCUCUCGAGGGGGACAAAGUGAGCAACGACAAUUCCUGGGAUGAUGGCCUUCAAGAGCAAAAAUCCUCCACCAAAGGACAGCCAUGCAUUUCAGUUCAUUCUGAUGUCAAGGGGAAAGUAGUGAAAGUCAUGGAAUAUGUGGGAUACUGUGAGUUUCAGGUGAACAACACGACGAGAAAAGAACAGUUUAUGAGUGAUCGCUUCUACCAAGAUGGCAAGCCAUGCAGUGAUCUGACAAAAGUGUUGCGGGUUGGGGAUGAAAUUUGGUUGGAGUAUAUAUUGGGAGUGGAUGGAACAGAAGAAAAACUCCACUUGGACCUUUGCUGGCAAGGGCCUCGUCCCCCGAGAGUGGAACCGCAGAUGACCCCUGAGCAGUUUGCACAGGCUCUUGGCAAUUUUGGUACUUCCUUGGAGGAUGAUGAUGAUGAUGAUGAAGACCUGGCUCCCUUCCAAGGCAUUUCUCAAGAGGAAGAACCAGGGGCACAGUUGGAGCAAUUACAACUACCAGACUGCCGAACGUAUAAUGCAAAGGAGCCUGAGAACUUUGUGGAAUCCUUGUUGCCAGAGAACCGCAAGAGGGUAUCACAAGUGACACACAAGCAGGAGGAGGUGGCUGCUUUUCCAUCUACAGCAGUGGUGCACACCUGUGGCUGCACCAUGUACAAUGCUGAAGGACAUGGAAGUGGCACAGCACCCCCAAGCAUGGCAGAAUUGAGUGAGGAUGCACUGAGGAGAAUAGCUGCGAUUUUGGCAGAGGAACUAAAGAGCCUAGUAGCACAACGUGUAGUUGUGCAAGAUGCAGCAACACAAGUCAGCUUCCCUAUCCAGGACAUCAAGGGAUCGACAGAGUGCUCCAACACGCUGGCUGAAAGUGGCACACAGACUAUCUCAACUGGUGCUAUCAAGUCAGAAGAGCUCUUUGUUGAUUGAACUGUUCUCUUUAUUUUUAUCUGUCACAUUAUACAUUCAUUUUCUUCCUAGACAAGGUGUGAAUAUGGAGAUGUGCCUUGAAAGGAAAGUAGGUUGGGAAACUUGUAUACUUAUGUAUAUAUAUUGUUAUGGCACCUUGCCUUGGCCUUUAACAAUAUAUGUAUGUGCAUGGAAUUAAAUAUGCGUACUGUACAGAUGCUUUGCAGUAUGGGUGCUUAUGAUUGCAGAGCAAAUGUGUCAAUUACACACAGCUUGCUCAGGUUGUUGUACUUGCUGUUUCUGCCAGUGGGGAUGCUGGCUCUGUUGUCAAAUAGGGUUCCUCUUUCUUAUGAUCAAAAUUGCAUGAAUAGGCAAAAGAGAACACAUCAUGUAUAACUUUGUAACACAUGAAUGUAAUAUUUGCUCCUAGUCAUAUUGAGUAAGUUGCACAGUUACUGUAUUGUUGAACACAAUUCAGUUAUUCACAAACAUUUGAUCUAGCACCAACAAAUGUGGCAACUCUUUUAGUGGCGUUCUUAAACGCAAGUUGCACUUGACUGAGUGUGACAAAAUUAAAAUGUGUCAUUGUUAAUUUUGAAUAAGACUGCAGAAUGUUCAUUUUUUACAUUUUCCAAACUAGAAUAGGUUCAGCAUCCCCUUUGUAUGUGAAAGAAAACAUAAUCCAAGCAGCUGUCAUGGAACAGUGUGAAAUGCAUUAGGUGCCCUGACAUAGCUUCCAUUUAUUGUUUAUUGUGGACAGCUAGUCUUUCUUAUCAAGGCACACCAUAGCCAUGUUCAUUUUGCAUCCUUUGUAUGUGUCAAAUACGGUUCAUAGGUGAUGAAAGAUGUGUACAUGUCUCUUUGGCAUAUUCAGUGUAGCUUCUAAAGCUACACCUAAGUUUCUGUAGAGUGCCUCAAAGGCUUAGUCCUUUGUCAUUCAAUAUCGAUCCCAAUAUUGCUGUGAUGUUUUGGGGGCAAAAAUUGUGUGCCCCAAAUCACUUGAAAGGGUUGUCUCAAUUUUUGGACACCUCAUGCUUGCAGUAGCGACUGAUGACCUGUUGUAGAUGCUUUCUGUAGUUUUUUUUAUAGGCUGCAUCUAGUCUUGGAAAUACUUUACCAAAAGCCAUUGUGAAGGGCUUGGUAGACAUAACGCACUGCGAACUCAGUGCAGUGGCUUUUUAUAGGUGGAGGCGGACUUUCCAGCGAGGUUGCGUCAUAUUCCUGAUGCUUCUGGCUCGCAGACAGGUCCUAUAAAUCGUAUACUCUCUUGUGUCGUUAUGUACCACAGUUAGGUACUAGAUAUGAAUAAGUGCAUAAAACCAGUACGGUUAUAAAGUAUAAAUGCGGUACAUAGUAUUGUAAGAGUACCCCUACUGCAUAGACACUUGAGCUGUUUGAGUUCCUUGGCACUUUUGUCUGUCAUUUAUGUAUAUUCAACUAGUAUAGUAGGAGGUCAUGUACGUAUGUGUGACAGGUUGUAUUUCUGACAGUUGUCCUUUUUCCUGCUUUUGUUUGCUGUAGAGGAUCAAAUUUGUGUAACAAAGCUGCCUAAAGGUGUAUAUUUCUGUACUAGCUUUCCACCUAUUGCAGUAUGUUAUCCCUGCAUGGAUUGUGAAGCAGUAAUGUAUCUAAAAGUUGAAAAUAAACUUGUGGUACCUUGUUA